AUGGAGAAGGAUGAAGACACAAAUGGAUUAGAAGGCCGUGGCAAGUUUCUUGCAAUGAGAAAGACAAAAGAAUUUCGUCAACAACCGAAGCAAAUAACCAAAGGGAUGAUUGUUCCUUCCUUCCUCAGACCUGGAUUUAUACAACAUGACCACGCUUUGGGAGCUCAGGGUACUAGGUCCUCAUGGCGCAAAGGAUCCGUUCAACAUGAUUUGUGGCCUAGAGGAUAA